AAAUCAAAAAAGAAGCAGAGGAAGAAGAAUAACAAACUCAUCUAAAUUUCCAAACAGAAAACAUUCCCCCCCCAAUUCUCCAAGUUUCUAGGGUUUUUGCUUUGAGCUCUCUGCGUUUAUCGAGAAAUCUCCGGCUGAAAAUGGCGGAUUCGACGGCGGACGCGACGGAAACAAACGCAGAUACUCUGAGUCUGAGGCGGGAGUUGAAGAAGGUACUGACGGAGAAUUUAUACGACGACGGAGGAGUCAAAGAUGGCGUUGAGACUGUGAAAUCGAUUGAUGAGGCGAUUAGAAUCCUGAAUUGUCUGAAAAGAGAAUCGAAGAAGCGGAAGCGGGAAUCUGAUAUUUCUCCGGUGGAAGUUCCGAAAGAGUUCAAGUGUACACUCUCCAAGACGAUCAUGAUCGAUCCUUUGAUCAUUUCUUCUGGGCAGACGUAUGAAAAGAGAUAUAUCACAGAAUGGCUCAACCAUAACCGUACAUGUCCCAAAACCAAAGAACUCCUCUCUCAAGUGCGUAUGACACCCAACCAUUUGAUCAAUGACUUGAUUACGCAAUGGUGUCUUGUUAACAACAAAGUUGAUCGGCCAAAACCACAACCAUCUGAUUUUGAAAUAGUAGUAACUGAGAUGGUCACUGGUGACAUCGAACCAUUGCUUCAGCGGAUUUCCUCUCCUUCCUCCUCGGUUGCAGAUCAGAUGGAAGCUGCAAAAGAGCUUGCCCUCCAAACCUCGAAAUUUGUCAAUGUCCGUGACUUCUUUGUCGCCAAAAUCCCUGAUUCCAUCACCAGGUUGCUCACUCCUCUCUCUGUUUUGGGCGAUGACGUAGACUCGAAUCCCGAGCUUCAAGAGAAUAUCAUCACAUCAUUGUUCAACAUGUCUACUUUUGAGCAGAAUAAAACACUACUUGCUGAAAACCCUCAAGUGAUCCCACUGCUUGCAAAGUCUUUGAAGCAGGGGACAGUUGUGACACGAAGAAACGCUGCAGCGACUUUAAUGUCACUUUCAGACACUGAUUCUAACAAGAUCAUCAUAGGGAACUCGGAAGCACUCAAGGCUCUGAUAGAUCUAAUCUUGGACUCGGAUGACUUAUCAGCCACCAAUGAAGCUGCUAACGCUAUUUUAAACCUCUGUUAUGAUGAAUUGGAGAACUGCAAAAAGGCAAUCUCGUUGGGGUUGGCUUCUGCCGUAACCAAAAAUAUCAAAGCAGGAAGAAAUGUGGAUGAGUUGUUAGCUGUCUUGGUAUUGAUCUCUCCACACGAACGUGUUGUCGAGGAAAUGGAUAAUCUAGGGGUUAUCUAUGAUCUGUUAAGUAUCUUGAGGAAAACAAGUUGCUUGGUGACUUGUGAGAACGUUGUAGUGAUUGUCCACAACAUGUAUGUUAAAAGCAGAGAAAGGUCUAUUUUGAAAUCCCUGGCAGAAGAGGAGAAUCAACACAAGACAUUUACAAAGCUUGCAAGCCAAGAAUCAGUUCCUGUGGUGGGGAGAGCACAAGGGAUUUUACAGGGUAUUAGGGCAUUCGCUGCUGGUAAAGAGACACAGAGGGCAUGACGGAAUCAUCAAAAAUGAGGUCUUGUUAAUACGUAAAUAGUUUCGGCAAAGUUACAUUUGAUACAUAUACCGAUCAAAGUGUAGAAAGAAAGAAUUUGAGACUUGUAAUCUAGGGCUUGUUGCUUAUAUUGCUUAAUAUAGAUAUCCUCUCUUCUUGUUUAAAAAUACUCAAGAUUGAACCUGAACUGCUCCAAUCUUUAAUG